AAGGGAACGCGGCGGAGAACCUUCAUCACUACAUGAGCCAUGUUUCAGUUUUUCUAGGGCCUCUGUUAUUGGGGACCACAAUGAAGAACUCGGACGGUGAUGAUAUGAUAACGGACAAACUCCCCGAGCUCAAGAGCUCGAAAGAAUGGCUGGAGCCGCAGCCCCUGUCCUUUAUGGAGGCAUUAGCUAAAGAAGAUAAUAAUGCGGCUAUUAAGUCAAUAUUAUAUAGAGAAAAUUAUAUAAUUAAGGAACUAGAUAAGUAUUUACAACACCACGACUUCUUAAAUGCAAGGAGAAAUGAGCUGUUAUACAAAAGGUGGGUCGACCAUGUGGCAGAUCCUCUCCAGAAGAAAAUUAGAGAAAAAGUUUGUUCACAUAAGAAGAUUAAAAAAAGGAGACAAGAGGAAUUAGAUCGUUUUUUAAAAUAUGUAAAUCAAAAGGGAAAUGUAUUUUUAGAGCAUUAUGAUCCGAAAGAGUAUGAUCCUUUUCACAUGAGCAAAGAGGACCUGAAUUUUCUGAAGGUCACCAUCCCACCAUUUUGUGACCCUUUGAAAAAGGCACAGUACCACAAAGAUGAGGAAAAAAGAAUUCUUCUUCAGUGUGAGACUGGGAAAAUACAUACCAUGAAAGAAUUUAAAGAGGUUGAGAAGGCCAAACUGCAUUCCAGAUUCCCAAGAAUUUCUACUUCAAGGCGCUUUGUGACUCCAAAUGAGUGGCUUAGGCUGCCUACAAGCUACAUAGAAAGUGAAUUUUGUAAAAGGAGCAGGUUAAAAGUGAAAGUGAAUUUCAAUGUUAGCAGUUUUGAUUCGAAACUCCCAGCCAAAGCUCCUCAUCUUCUGGCAUCCCAGGAAGAAGAAAAAGCUGCCAUUUGCAACCCUCAGGAGGCUUCGGCACCCAGGGCGCACACACCCUGAUCCCUGACGGUACAAGGGGACCCAAAAGAAGGUUGCUCCGGAGGAAGCCAUGUGCCAGCAGCAGUCAUUCGGGGCGAGGACCAAGGACGGCACCCGGACCUGUCUGUAUCUAAGAAAAGCAUCUGCAAGAAACCACUUAAUUUUUGAGUUCACUGUCUGUGUGAUAAUUAAGAAACCACAACACCGUGGACUGACAGUUGUUGAGAAUGUAUUUCCCCCAGAGGCUAAGGUACAAUAGAAAUAUCAAUGGCUGCCUUACGGAGCACCUGUCUCAACUCAUCGGGUCUUCCCUAGUUUAAGCUGUGCUCCCCUUGGUUAUGUGGACCAGAAGGGGCCACACACUAAACCUGACAAGGCCGGGGUGGGGGGCCCGUGUGGCGGCCUUACAAACUCCAGGGCCUAAAGUAACCCCAUAAGAUGGUCUAAAAUUGAAAAUGUUUAACUAAAGGCAGUUCAUGGCGGGGAGUCACGUGCUAAGGCAGCGCCUUUCCCCAACAAAGGUCAGUCCUCCCCUCAGCCCAGCCUGUCUGUUGUCCUUUCACGUCUAGGAUAAUAUACCUGAGAACCAUGCCUUUACAAAAACAAAGUAGCUUCCCUUUCCGCAGUCCCCUCAAAGCACAGGCAUCAGAAAUCCCCUCAUUGUUACUAUUCCGUUAACUGUUGACUGUGAAACACCCCGUAUUCACCUGCGGAAAAGAAGUACGUGCCUAUCGUUUACCUCUCGGCCAAUCCCAGAGCUUGCCCCCUUUUGCUUUCCCCCGCCUCCUUUAUCAAUGGAUUUCCUGUAGCGCACUCACUCAGCUUCCCUUUUGAUUGUAAUGUAUAAAAGAAGGCGCAAAACCGCCGU